AUGAACCUUAUUGGGAGCUACCAGCAUCAUCAUCUGAUGCACGAGACGUUUCCAUUCGUCCAGAGGUGUCAUCAAGAUUAUCACUACUUCCAAAACUGGGUGGUGAACCAUGGCGAAGUCAACUCUGACUUCCAGAUCCAGAUGCCGUACUCCACGGAGUUCGGGGCUCCGGGUCCGGCGCAAGAAAGCCAGCUGGACGAUCUCUCUGCGUGCAUGGGGAAGAGGAGAGCAUCAGGGCCGAAGAAGGAGCGGAGAAGGACGGAGAGCAUCAACACCGCGUUCACCGAACUGAGAGAAUGUAUACCAAAUGUACCGGCAGAUACGAAACUGUCCAAAAUUAAAACGUUACGUCUAGCAACAAGUUACAUUUCCUACCUAAUGGACGUGCUGGCUAAAGACACUGGGGAGACGGAGGGAUUCAAGGCCGAAAUCAAGAAAUAUGAUAGAGAUUUGAAAUGGAAACGGGAAACGAACGAUGGCCUGCAAGAGUCAUUAGGAAACGAGAAAAAGUUCAAAGGACGGACAGGUUGGCCUCAGCAAGUCUGGGCUUUGGAACUGAACCAGUGAAUGUUUUGACCUCGGAACAUGCAACCCACUCAAAGACUCCGUAUUCAAGCACGUCGCUGCAAGGAAUACAACCACUUAUACUCAUCUACCGUAUAUACGUGCAAUGUUUAAAUUCAAACAAGGUGGACUUGGUAAAAUGCAAUAUUAUGCAAAUAUUUCAACAACUGCCUGUUAAACGUGUCUUUGUCAUUUGUCGUCUGAGAGAACUUAAAUGAAAGUUGCAUAGUUGUAUAAAUAUUUUUGGUUGUGGAUAGGCCACAACAACGAACGGAGAGACUGGGAUAUUCGAGGUGUUUCUUUA